AUGGGUGUCCAAAAGGAUUCAGCAGGACCGAAAGAAGUGAGAGUAUCAAGAUGGUAUUUCGGAGGUCUUUCUUCGGCUGGAGCUGCUUGUGUCACUCAUCCAUUGGAUCUGCUGAAAGUUCAAAUGCAAACCCAAAAGGGGAAAAACAUUUCCAUGUCUCAACUUGUUGGGAUAGUUGUCAAAAAUGACGGUGUCUUCGGACUAUAUAAUGGUAUAUCAGCCUCCUUGCUUAGACAAUUAACAUAUUCAACAGUACGAUUUGGAAUAUAUGAAGUGGCUAAACAACAUUUCACACCCAAAGAUGGUAAGCCUAUUCCAUUUUAUAUGUCUACACUUAUAGCUGGCGUAGGUGGAUUCGCUGGUGGUUUUAUGGGGAAUCCUGCAGAUUUAAUCAAUGUGCGAAUGCAAAAUGAUGUAAAACUUCCACCAGAGCAGAGAAGGAAUUACAAAAAUGCUGUACAUGGAUUAUGGAGAGUAGUUGCAACUGAAGGCAUAACACGACUUUGGGCAGGCGCCAGUAUGACAUGCAGCCGAGCAGCACUCAUGACAAUAGGACAAGUGGCAUUCUAUGACCAAAUCAAGUUACUACUUCUUUCCACUUCAUUUUUCCAAGAAAAUGUUGUGACUCAUGUCACGGCAAGUUUAUUAGCGGGAGGCGUGGCAACAACUAUGACCCAGCCUGUGGACGUCUUGAAAACGCGUGUGAUGAACGCUAAACCUGGGGAAUUCAAGGGUAUAUUUGAUGUUGUCUUCAAAACUGCUAAGGAAGGACCACUUGCAUUCUUUAAAGGAUACAUUCCAGCAUUUGUUAGACUUGCACCUCACACUAUUUUAACAUUCGUAUUUUUAGAACAACUUAGAAUGAAUUAUGGUUUUAUCAAACAUUAA